AUGGCUACCGUAAGCGUCACAGGUCCGCCCCCGCCAUGGCACGCUGCGUACCCAGCGCCCAGAAAUACCCCUGCCACUAUUUGUCGUGAAGAUGUCCUCGACAUGAUCAAGCAGAGCGCAAAGACUUCUAGCCGAGACUACGUUCUCAUCGAUUUGCGUCGCAACGACCACGAGCGAACCGGCACCAAGAAGCGUUUUCCCCAACAUGUUUACGAGGCUGACCAACUUUGGCGCAUUCCAGCUUCCUCGAAAGGACGCGGCAAUCGUGCCGCUGGUUGGUUCGCCGACUACAUUGCAGAUCAAGGGGAUGAAAGGAUGAAGAGUCUCGCCCUAGCUGAGGGCGUAAAGGGAUGGGCAACGGCAGGCGAUGAGUACGUCCAGUGGAUGAUGGAAUACGACGCUAAGGUCUGGUCGUAA